AUGAGUCAAAGUCGCAAGCGAAGUCAAGAUAGAGCAGCAGAUUCGAAAUCACGCUCGAAAUCGAGAUCAAAAUCAAGAUCGCGUUCAUUAUCAUCAACAUCAUCUGGUCGUGCAGCUCAAGCACCAAAAUGGGACGGCGAAUCAGGUUAUCGCUUGCAUGUAUCUCCAUUAAAUCCGCGUACAUCUCGACGUGAUAUUGAAAAAAUAUUUUCCAAACAUGGUAAAAUCAACGAAGUUUGGAUGGCAACAAAUCCUCCUUGUUUUGCUUUUGUUAAUUUUAAACAUCGUGCUGAUGCCGAAGAUGCAGUUCAAGCUUUAGAUGGAAAGAUGAUUGAUAAUUCACGUGUUGGUAUUUCAUUCGCUCGUAAACGUACUGUUGGUGGACGUCGAGGUGGUUCAUUUAAUGGUGGCGGUGGUGGCGACCGUUACUCUCGCGGUGGAGAUUAUGAUUCUUCUAGAAAUCGUCGUCGUUAUUCGCCAAGACAAGAUGAUAGAAGUUAUGAUCGACGAAAACGUCAUUCUCGAUCACGUAGUCCAGCACAAUACAAUAAACGGGAUUAUCGUCCUAAAUCGAGAUCAAAAUCAUCAUCACCAAAGCCUCGUCGUAAUCGACCAUCAUCAAGAGAUCGUUCACCUCAACCGCAACAGCCAGUUAAUGUUGUGCAUAGAUAUGCUGACAAUGAUGAUCGAUCUGAUUAA